GUCGGCUGAUUAUCUGGAUUUUACUUCGAGCACGUCAAGCGGAGCAGCGACGAGGUAUAUCUAAGGUGACGAGCAAUGUAGCUAGCUGCUGCAUUACUCUGUCCCUCACAACCAAUACAAUGGCCACCAACAUCACCUUCCACCCUGGCGCCGUCACCCCCGCCGAGCGCGCCGAGCUCCUCGGCCAGAAGGGCGCGACCGUGUGGUUCACCGGCCUGUCGGCUUCGGGCAAGUCGACGAUCGCGACGGCGCUCGAGCAGGCCCUCCUCCACCGCCACCUGCACUCGUUCCGUCUUGAUGGCGACAACAUCCGCUUUGGCCUCAACAAGGACCUCGGGUUCGACCCCAAGUCGCGUGAGGAGAACAUCCGCAGGAUAGGCGAGGUCUCGCUCCUCUUCGCAUCGUCGUCCUCGAUCGCGCUCACCGCCUUCAUCUCGCCCUACGUCGCAGACCGCGAGCUCGCGCGCACGCUGCACGCCAAGCACGACCCCCCGCUCCCCUUCAUCGAGGUGUUUGUCGACGCGCCCCUGUCGGUCGUCGAGAGCCGCGACCCCAAGGGCCUGUACAAGAAGGCGCGCGCCGGUGAGAUCAAGGAGUUUACCGGCAUUUCCGCGCCGUACGAGGCCCCUCCCAAGCCCGAGAUCCACAUCAAGACCGACGAGGUCGACGUCAAGGGCGCCGUCGAGAUUGUCAUCAAGUACCUCGAGGCCCAGGGCAUCAUCAAGGCCCAGUAAGCGAAAGCGCCAAGCCAAGCGCAGUAAUAGACAGAAGCCGAGAGUGUAUGAGAUGCAUUUUUACAGUGUGAGAGG